UGACUAAAACUAGUUUCCUUAGAAGUGCUGAAAAAUGCAGUCUUUGCAGUCGAUCAGUGACACGAGGUUACGGCGGUUCUCACAAACAUCAGAAACUAGUGAGGAUAUGCUGCUGGCCUCAUUAUAUUCAUAUUUUUGUACAGUAUAUGACACAUAGAGGUACAAAGGUUUUUUGUGCUGUACAUCUGAUGUGAGUGAAGAGGAAUGAGGAAGCAGACGCUGUGGCUUUCCACAUCAGAUCUACUGAUGAUCCGAAUGCGCUUCACAUCUUCUAGAGGACCUCCGAACCGGAGCAGAAUGGAAGAUCAGGCUCUGAAGAUGUCAUAGUGCAGGUGUCCAGGUGUUCUUCUGACAGGUCAAGAUGCCCCGACUGGAAGAGGUCGCGAAUGUCGUGCUCAGGGUGCCCAGUGUCCUGGUGCUGGACAUGCUGUACAAGUGUGACAUCGACAGCUUCACGGAUCAUCUCACAGCCAGGACUGAAGACAUGCUCUUCAAGUACAAAUAUGUCAUCUGGAACAUAUAUUACCUGGGUCAUGUGGUCAGUGUUGUGGUACUGCUGCUGCCGCUCGGACACAUUAUCCAGCUCUACCUGCAUGUUCUCUGUGCCCUGCUGCUCUACAUGGCUCAUCAGAUCGUCAGAGAUUAUGUGAGAGGUGAAGCUCAGUAUGGGUAUGAUGGUGCGCUCUUUCUGGACUCUCCAGCGCUGAACCGUUUCGUGACGGCACUCACCAGUCAGAUAAUAAUCAGUACGCUGUGUGCGUUCCUCAUGCGGACUCGACGUCUGUGGCUGUUCUCGGCACACUUGCUCCCUCUUCUGGCACGUGUGUUUUCUGUCCCGCUGGACUGGCUCCUCACGCUCUCCUCAGUGUCCAUGAUGAUCACAGUGGCCGAGGUGGCCGUCUUCCUCCUCGUCAACCUCUUUGUGCCGUACAGGCUGGCCAGAGCCACUUACAGAGAAAUCAUGGAAAUCGAGGUGACGGAGUUAUACAGACUGAUGGCCGUCGGCGUGUCUCUCUGGCAUGGCUUCGCUGUGCCCGUGUUGUUUAGUGUCUUCUGGUUUGUGCUGUUCGGAGUGCAACUUAUCACCAAUUUUGGCACUACCGCCCAGCAGGGGCCGCUGCUCUACCUCCUGACCAGUGUAUCCGAAUGCUGUGCUAGCCCGUACUCCCUGCUCGGCCUGACGUUUGUGGUGUCUUAUACGGCUCUGGGACUCCUGAGUCUCUGUAAGUUCUACCUCGGAGGAUUCAACGCUCUCCAGAACCAUAAUGUCAUGCACAGGGGUGUGACCGAGGGCGUGACCCUGCUGCUGCUCGCCCUGCAGACCGGGCUGUUGGACAUGGCCGCUCUACAGCGCUGCUUUCUGCUCUUCAUCAUCCUCUUCAUCGUUCUCACAUCUACUUUACAGAGCAUGAGUGAGAUCACAGAGCCGGUCGUGUUGGGGCUCGGAGCCAGUAGAAACAGGUGUGUGUGGAAACACUUGCGUGGUUUAUCCAUGUGUGGGUUUCUGCUGCUCUUUCCGGGAUUCAUGGCCUAUAAGAUCUCCCAGUUCUUCAACAUGGACUUCUGGCUGCUGAUCUUGGUGUCCAGCUGUAUGCUCACCUCCCUGCAGGUGACCGGCACCCUGCUGAUCUACAGCCUGUUCAUGGUGGAGGUGUGGCGCGGCGCGGCCCUGCCCGGUCUGGACGAGAUCGUUUACUACGUGAACGGAGUGUGUCGAGUGCUGGAGUUCGCGGUGGCCGUGUGUGUGGUGGCGUACGGAGCGUGGGAGUCGCUGUGGGGCGAGUGGAGCUGGAUGGGAGCGUCGGUCAUCAUCAUCCACUCCUACUGCAACGUGUGGCUACGUGCCCAGGCCGGCUGGAGGAGCUUCCUGCUUAGACAGGAAGCCGCUCGCAAAAUCAACGUAUUGCCACGGGCCAGUGCAGAGCAGCUGCGGGAUCACAAUGAUGUCUGUGCCAUCUGCUUCCAGGACAUGACAUCAGCGGUAAUAACAUACUGUGGUCAUUUCUUCCAUGGCAACUGUUUGAGAAAGUGGCUUUAUGUGCAAGAGACUUGCCCCAUGUGCCACGCCUCCAUCAAACCCUCCUCCAAUCCGACGGCACACCCAAACCCACCUCCGUCAGAGCAACACCCGCGUCCUGAGUCCCAUGAGGAGGAGGAGGAGGAGGAGGAGCAGGGAUCACAGGGAGAUGAUGAUGUUUGCCCUCCAGAGUCUGACAGGAAAUACUCCCAGAGUCCCCAACGGUUGCACUGCGGUGCGAAUGGUGAUUCCCAAAGCGUGGACAAUCCUGCUCCGAGCUGCUCCUCAGAGGGGGAUUCGCAGGAGCUUCGGGAAGCAGACUGAAACAUAAGCUCAGCCGGAGAAACACGGAACCGAGAAACUGCCACGGCAAGAAGACAGACUGACAGUGGCGGAAAUCGUCUUCAGUGGGAGA